AUGAAGAACAAGCUUGAGCUGUACCAAGAGCUGCAGUCUCGGCUCAAAGAGAGCCAGCAUGCUUUAAGUGAUGCAAUUUCUGAUUCAGAUCUUAAUCAUAGUUCGCAUGAACAAAUAAAGACUAUGGGCCAAGUUCUGUCAAAAGCACGAGGGCAAUUGUAUGACUGCAAGUUGGUCACUGGGAAAUUGAGAGCAAUGCUACAAACAGCUGAUGAGCAAGUUAGGAGCUUAAAAAAACAAAGCACAUUCCUUAGUCAGUUGGCUGCUAAGACCAUACCAAAUGGGAUUCAUUGCUUAUCUAUGCGCCUCACAAUAGAUUACUACCUUCUUCCCCCUGAAAAAAGGAAGUUCCCUAUGAGUGAUAACCUGGAGAAUCCCAGUCUUUAUCAUUAUGCACUAUUUUCAGACAAUGUCCUGGCUGCAUCUGUUGUUGUGAACUCAACUGUUACAAAUGCAAAGGAUCCUUCAAAGCAUGUUUUCCACCUUGUUACUGAUAAACUCAAUUUUGGAGCCAUGAACAUGUGGUUUCUUUUGAACCCCCCUGGAAAAGCUACAAUACAUGUUCAAAAUGUUGAUGAUUUUAAGUGGUUGAAUUCAUCUUACUGCCCUGUAUUGCGGCAGCUUGAAUCGGCAAAAAUGAAAGAGUAUUAUUUCAAGGCAGGCCAUCCAACCACACUUACUUCUAGUGCUUCCAAUAUGAAAUAUAGAAAUCCAAAAUAUCUCUCAAUGCUCAACCAUUUGAGAUUCUAUCUUCCAGAAGUUUAUCCUAAAUUAGAUAAAAUCCUUUUUCUCGAUGAUGACAUCGUUGUUCAAAAGGAUUUAACCGGAUUAUGGGCAGUUGAUCUUCAGGGUAAAGUAAAUGGUGCAGUUGAAACAUGUGGUGAGAGUUUUCACCGAUUUGACAAAUAUCUUAACUUUUCUAAUCCACAUAUUGCAAGAAACUUUGAUCCAAACGCUUGUGGUUGGGCAUAUGGGAUGAAUGUAUUUGAUCUCAAGGAGUGGAAAAGGAAGGACAUCACUGGCAUAUAUCACAAGUGGCAAAAUAUGAAUGAAGACAGGGUUCUGUGGAAGCUGGGGACGUUACCUCCAGGGCUAAUGACAUUCUAUGGGCUGACACAUCCUCUAAAUAAAUCAUGGCAUGUCCUUGGUUUGGGUUAUAGUCCAACUGUAGAUCGAUCGUUGAUAGAGAAUGCAGCAGUUGUACACUUCAAUGGUAAUAUGAAGCCGUGGCUAGAGAUUGCCAUGACAAAAUAUCGGCCUUACUGGAAAAAAUAUGUCAAACACAAUCAUCCCUAUCUCCAGAACUGUAAGUUAUAA